CCCAGCACGCAGCUGAACCUAGCUAGUACUACAUAAUAAUAGUCUCCAAGGAAGUAAAUCAACGACAAGCUAGCAUGAGUUCCCUCCUGGAGGUGGCAUGCCAACUAAUCAUGCUCGUCGUCGUUCCACUCCUGAUGCUGCUGCUGCUGCCGCACUUCUUGGCAUCCCGAUCAGCAAGCCGCCGCCGUCGCAGCAACGAGGAUGGCAACGCGCAGCAGCUCCCGCCUUGCCCUCCGGCGCUCCCCAUCAUCGGCCACCUGCACCUCGUCGGCGCCCUCCCGCACGUCUCCCUCCGUGACCUCGCCGCCAAGCACGCCGCCGGCGGCCUCAUGCUCCUCCGCCUCGGCACCGUCCCCAACCUGGUCGUGUCGUCCCCGCGCGCGUCGCAGGCGAUCAUGCGCACGCACGACCACAUGUUCGCCUCGCGCCCGACGACCGCCAUCACCGACACUCUCAUGUACAGCUCGUCUGACAUCGCCUUGGCCCCUUACGGCGAGCACUGGCGCCAGGCCAGGAAGCUCGUCACUGCACACCUCUUCACCGUCAAGAAGGUGCACUCCUACCGCCAUGCCCGCCAAGAAGAGCUGCUGUCAUAUAUGCUUAUGCAGGUGCGCUUGGUGAUGGCCAAGAUACGGGAGGCGAGCACAGCCGUGGACAUCGGCGAGAUGAUGAACACAUUCGCCAAUGACAUCAUCAGCCGCUCCGUGUCGGGCAAGUUCUUCAGGGUGGAAGGCAGGAAUAAGAUCUUCCGGGAGCUCGUUAACACCAACUCCAUUCUUCUUGGAGGAUUCAACCUCGAAGACUACUUCCCCAGCCUAGCGAAUUCUCUAGGCUUCCUCACCAGAUGGUUCCUGCGCAACAGGCCGGUCCAUCAGGCACAUAAAAGGUGGGACGAGUUGCUUGAGAAGAUAAUAAGCGACCAUGAGAGAAGAAAAUCUACUAUGCAUGGUCAUGAUCAAGAGAGUGACUUCACCGAUGUGUUGCUCUCCGUUCAGCAAGAGUAUGGUAUCACCAGAGAUCAUAUCAAGGCCAUCUUGAUGGACAUGUUUGGCGCGGGCACAGACACAUCAUCUUUGGUCCUGGAGCUCGCCAUGGUCGAGCUCAUGCGCAACCCUUGGGUCAUGACCAAGCUGCAAGGUGAAGUCAGGAGGCACACACCAGAGGGUCAAGAAACGGUCGAGGAAGAGAACCUAGCUAGCAUGGCCUAUCUGAGAGCCGCCGUGAAGGAGACACUAAGGCUGCACCCACCUGCUCCGCUCCUCCUCCCUCACCUCUCCAUGGCGGACUGUGUCGUCGACGGCUACACGAUCCCCUCCGGCACUAGGGUCAUAGUCAACGCAUGGGCUAUUAGUAGGGAUCCAAAGUCAUGGGAGGAGCCGGAGGAGUUCAUGCCAGAGAGGUUCAUGGACGGUGGGAGUGCUGUGGCCAUCGACUUUAAAGGCAAAGACUUUGAGUUUGUGCCAUUUGGGGCUGGAAGGAGGAUCUGUCCUGGCCUCAACUUUGCUUUGGCUACUGUUGAGAUCAUGCUGGCAAACCUCGUGUAUUGUUUUGACUGGCAGCUGCCAGACGGCAUGGAGGCCAAGGAUAUUGAUUUGACAGAGGUGUUUGGAUUGGCAGUCCGUCCGAAGGAGAAGCUCAUGCUAUUUCCAAAACCACGUGGUCAUCACUCCAUGCAAAUUACUGAGGCUGGUCCCUGAGUGUUUGAUCUGUCUACACCCACGUUCACGUUAUAUAUAUGUGGUCAGGUUAUAUAGGCGGAUUGCUGCUUGAGCUCAAUAUAUAAACAAUAGUUCGAUCUGGAUUACAUUAGCAGAAAUAUGUUGUGAGUAAUUCUCGUUCUAAUAUAUACUAGCUAUUGCUUAGGCAAAGAGGAUUUUGACGAGGAAUGAAGGAUAGCAGCACGUAAAUGAUCGAUGACCGAAUAUGAAGAUAACUGAGCCAGCGGCGGAAUGUGACCCGUAUGAAACGAAGGAGGGGCCAAUUAUAGUGCUAAGUUAGCUAAUUUACUUAUGCACAACUGUACUAAUAUAUGCAUGGUAUAAACAAUAAUUUGAUAUGGACUAUAUUAAUGGAAAUAUGUUGUGAUUAAUUUUCGUU